AAAAAAAAUUGCAAACUUUAGAUGAUAACAGAACAAAGUAAAACUAAUUUAUAAGAAAGAAGUUAGAUUGUUAAAAGAUGAAGUUGAUUGAAUUUUUAUUGUGUUAGGAAGUCUUUGGAAUAUGAACCAAAUAUCUUGGAUAUUUAAUAGACUAUGACACUUCUACAUCGUUACCAUCAGAAAUACUCUUUUUCCAAAUGUUUAUGUUCACAUUCAAACUUUCUUCUUAUUGUCAGGAAACUCCAAAUGUUGAAGCCAUAGUCCUUAAUGGGUUUAACAUUGCAAAGCGACCAUUGAAAUGUGUAGACUUCAAAGUGAUGUCUAACCUUAUAUUGCUAAUUGUCAGUUGUGGCUCCACAUUCAACGCUUCUCUAGACCUUCCCGAUUCUCUUCGUUAUCUUAAGUGGUGGGGAUAUCCACUGGAAUCUUUGCCGUCAAAUUUUUCUCCGGAAAAUCUAGUUGAGCUUCAUAUGCCAUAUAGCAGAGUUAAGGAGCUUUGGAAAGAAGCGCAGAUACUUGUCAACUUGCAAGUUAUCGAUCUGUCGUACUCUAACUGUCUAACUGAAGUUCCAAAUCUCUCUAGGAGUCUAAAACUUGUGGAGAUAAAUCUCUGGGGCUGUAAAAGUUUGGUUGAAAUUCCUUCGUAUUUUCAACAUCUUGACAAGCUUAUUCAUCUUGAUCUGGGGGUCUGCACGAGUCUCAAGUAUCUUCCAAAGAUGCCAGGAAGUAUUCGAUACUUAGAUUUACGAGUCACUGGUAUAAAGGAGUUGCCUGAAUCAGUUUGGUCUAACGAAAAUAUUUCUUACUUGAAUAUAAGUGAUUGCAGAGACCUUGAGAAACUUCCAAGCAACAGUUGUAAGCUGAAAGCCUCUAAUGUUUUUGGUAUUGCGAGCUGCACAUCUCUUGGCGAGUUUUCUGAGCUUCACCGGGAUAUAACUAAAUUAUCAUGGGUUGGUUGCAAGAGACUUGUGAGUCUACCGAACUACAUUUGUAAGUUGAAAUAUCUCGAGGAACUCGAUCUCUGUUGGUGCUCUAAACUUGAAAACUUCCCGGAGAUCUUGGAGCCAAUGGAACAUUUGAAGUUCUUAAAUUUAAGUGGAACAGCGGUUAAAGAGCUACCAUCAUCAAUCGAGUUUUUCCCUGGUCUCAAAAUAAUUCAACUAAAAGGUUGCUAUAGGCUGUCAAGUAUCCCAAAGAGCAUUUGUAAGUUGAAAUAUCUCGAGGAACUCGAUCUCUGUUGGUGCUUUAAACUUGAAAACUUCCCGGAGAUCUUGGAGCCAAUGGAACAUUUGAAGUUCUUAAAUUUAAGUGGAACAGCGGUUAAAGAGCUAUACACAUCAUCAAUUGAAUUUCUCCCCGCUCUCGAAAAUAUUGAGCUAGAAGGUUGCAAUAAGCUUUCAUGUAUCUCAAAAAGCAUGUUGAAAUAUGUUAAAAGACCUGAUGAGUAUGAAACAAGUGAAAGUGAUGAUCAUGGGUUUGAAGCCAGUGAAAUUGAAGAUUAUGCGGACUUAUAAUCCAACAUUCUUAAGCAUCGUUAUCCAACAUUCUCAAGGUGGUGAACAAGUUCCUCGAUAUGCAAUCCUUGACCUCUGUUGAACAAGUCUGCUGGUAAUCGCAAUUUCCUUCAAUUAAGUUAACGUCUUAGGUUUUCCUUGUUUUAAACUGCAUUUUAAUUAGCAAUUGUGUCUGAUGCUAAAACUAUUUCAAUCGUUGGAUUGUCAUUUACAUUUAUACUUUGAUUUUUCAUCACUGGCACCCUUUUUCGGCGUUUCUUUUUUCAAAACAUAAUCUUUUUCGUGGAAUGAAAAAGAUGGAUGGUUUGGAUCGUUGAUAUCACCUUUGAAAAAUUAAGAUUUGUGCAAAUAUUGCUUGAAAUUCUAUAAUAUCUAGAGAGUUUAUAAACAUCGAGCAAUAUUCAUACUAACCUUAAAAAUCAAAAUGUAAUAUUAAUGAUCCAAACCGUUCAUCUUUUUCAAUUUACUAUGAGAUCAUGUUUUCGAAAAAGAAAUUCCAAAAAAUGGUUCCCGAUGAUGAAAAAUUAAAGGGUAAACGUAAACGACAAUUGGAUGGUUAGAGUUUGUCACUAAGGUUUAUGGACUAUUGUGUCGAGGUUUGGAGUUAAUUCCUUUGUAAAAAUUGUAGGCCAUGUCAUUACGAGCGUUUCUAUAUUUUUUUUGUAUUUUUUUUCACACUUGUAAAUUAAUUAUUACUAUUUUUUAAAUUGUUUUGAAGUCAUAGGAAAAACACUAUUCACAAU